GACGGCCGCCGCGUCUCCAUGGAAACGGCGUCAGCUCCGAGAAGCCAGGGGCACGAUGGCGGCGGGCGAGCCCCGGGCCUCCGGCGGCUACUACUUCAGGUUCCUGCCUCAGAAAACAUUCCAGUCUCUGAGCGUUCCGGAGACCACCAGCCGGCUCCGCCAGUGGUCCAUGCUGGGCAGAAUCAAGGCGCAGGCGUUCGGGUUUGACCAGACCUUCCAGGCCCAUCGGAAGGAUGAUUUCGUUAUGGCUUUUUUCAAAGACCCAAAUGUUAUUCCCAAUUUGAAGUUACUUUCAGAUUCUUCUGGACAGUGGAUUACAUUAGGAACCGAAGUAAAAAAAAUUGAAGCUAUAAACGUUCCUUGUACACAGCUUUCAAUGUCAUUUUUUAACCGGUUAUAUGAUGAAGAUAUUGUACGAGACAAUGGACAUAUUGUUAAGUGUUUAGAUUCUUUUUGUGAUCCAUUUCUCAUUUCUGAUGAGUUACGAAAAGUUUUGCUAAUGGAAGACUCAGAAAAAUAUGAAGUAUUCAGCCAACCAGAUAGAGAAGAGUUCCUGUUUUGUCUUUUCAAACAUCUUUGCCUUGGUGGAGCUAUUUGUCAAUAUGAAGAUGUGCUUAACCCGUAUCUGGAAACAACAAAGCUCAUCUAUAAGGAUCUGUUGAGUGUUCGAAAGCAUCCUCAAACCAAGAAGAUACAGAUUACCUCUUUUGUCUUUAAAGUUACAGCCUAUGAUUCUGCUGGUAUGUGCUACCCUUCAACAAAGAAUCAUGAACAAACAUUUUCUUAUUUUAUUGUGGAUCCUAUCAGGCGUCACAUUCAUGUUUUAUACCAUUGUUAUGGCGUGGGGGAAAUGUCUUAAUGCUCUUUCAGAUUAUCUACUGUAUUUACUAUUUUUUAUUUAUCAUUUUUCUAUUUUAAUACUGAUUUAUAUAUAAAUAUUUACUUUGCAAAUUAAUUCAAGAAAAAUGUAAAGAGUCUACUUAGAGCAGAAGAAAGCAAACACCAAGAUACCUUUGUUUGAAUUUGUCUGGAAUACUAACCAGGAAUCAAAUUUCAUCCCUAAUAAAAUCUAUACCAAAAACGUUAUGGAAUUUUUAAAGAAAGUUACAAGGAACUAAAAAUCUAGUUCAUAUUCGUUGCAUUAAAAUUUAAGUGAGUCCUCAGUUUUCCAUGUAUUUUAUUUUAGAAGUUAAUUAAUUAUGGAUUGAAAUUGUAGCAGAAAACUAAACAUCUCUAUCACU